GUACCUUAAAUCAGUAAUGAAGGAAAAUGUUACUGUGUAAGAUAGUUCCUCUUCUCAAGUUAAUGUGUUUUGCUUUGCUCAGAUCAUUUCCUUGUAACAGUAUGAUGGGUACUUUACAGUGUUUUUAUGCCCCCCUCAUGUUGUCCCACAAAACAUUGAGUCCUUUGUUCCAAACCCUUUAAAAGCUAUAUGCUUUCAACAUGUACUAUGUACUUUGUUACUGAAAAAAUGAAACAGAAAAUCAUGUUUAUUUUAGUUUAGUUGGUUCUUGGAAUUCUUACAGAGGUAUGUGUUAGGUACUUGAAAGUAUUUCACAGCUAAUAAUUAUAUAGACAGUGUUUGAUCACAUUAUCUAAGUUAACAUAGCAAGGUACGAAAUUUAGUUGUAUGCAUGUAUCCUUUUCCUAACUAGUGGCAUUAUAUUUGGUAGUCUUGAAUCUGGGGGUGGGGAGGGGGACCUCAUCAGAAAGGGUGAGAUUUAAAUAAUAAUACUUAAGAAGCAAGCCAUUUGUGUUUGUUAUAGUACCCAAGUGUGAUAGUUUCCCACCCCUCAAAGCCUCUCAGUAGAUAGUAAAAUCUUCUAAUUAAAUUUGCAAAUGACCAUUGCUUUUAACUAAAUGUUUGAAACAUUGCAAGUGUUCCUUUAAGUGCUAAACCAUGUUUGUCUCUUUUGUUGCACAAUCUAGCUUUAAAAAAAAUCUCCUUUGUUUUCUUUCAUUCCUUUUAACACCCUCCCCAAAACCCAAACCUGAACAUCUUGUGCUGCUUUACAGGAAUGUAUAUGUCUGCUAAAAACAAACUCUUUUCUCUACACCCUAUGCUCUUUCAAAUGAAGCAUAAAUCUUAUUUUGUCUAUUUUGUUUGUUUGGCUUUUUAUCUCAGUGUGGUAAGUAGUACUGCUUGCUAGCCGAUAUAAAAAGGUUUAAUACAGGUUACUGUUUCUCAAUCUUUAUUUAUACCUGAGACCUGCAGUUUUUCUAAAGUCCAAGUCACAAUUAAAAGUAAUAGCAUUCUGGUUAUUUUGCAGAAUUGCUCAUAAGAAUGGACAGGAUCUUGAAGCUAACUGCAAGGAACUGUGCACACUGGAACUCAGUUGUAGAUUUUUUUCUCAUUUCUAUUUAUUCUUAUUAUACAUUAUUUAUAUAUACAUAUUUUAGUAUUUACAUUUUAACAUUCUAUAUUCAGUGCAGUUCUAUAUUUCCAAUCAUUUAACUUACUCACUAAAAUUUAUGUGUAAAAUUUGUUGUUUUCGUACUGGUGUGCUUAGCAUUGUUGUUAGUUUUAUUCUCCUUUCUUAAAUUUCUGAAAAUGUCAAUUUUUCAAAAUUUACAGCUGCCCAAACUCCAAAAUGAUGGUAGAGAAUUGACCAAGAAAAAUAAAGAAAUCUGUUAACAGGCCAUGGAUGCACGGGUAGUUAAAGAUAUGGCAACGGGAAAAUCAAAAGGAUAUGGCUUUGUGUCAUUUUAUAACAAACUGGAUGCAGAAAAUGCAAUUGUGCACAUGGGAGGCCAAUGGUUAGGAGGUCGUCAGAUAAGAACUAACUGGGCAACACGAAAGCCACCAGCUCCCAAAAGUACACAAGAAAACAGCACAAAACAGCUGAGAUUUGAAGAUGUAGUAAAUCAAUCAAGCCCUAAAAACUGUACAGUCUACUGUGGAGGAAUUGCCUCUGGAUUGACAGACCAGCUUAUGAGACAGACAUUUUCACCUUUUGGACAGAUUAUGGAAAUAAGAGUUUUUCCAGAAAAAGGUUAUUCAUUUGUGAGGUUUUCAACUCAUGAAAGUGCAGCACAUGCUAUUGUUUCAGUCAAUGGAACCACAAUUGAAGGACAUGUUGUUAAAUGCUAUUGGGGUAAAGAAACACCAGAUAUAACUAAAAACUUCCAACAGGUGGACUACAGUCAGUGGGGUCAGUGGAGUCAAGUUUAUGGGAAUCCGCAGCAGUACGGACAGUACAUGGCCAAUGGGUGGCAAGUGCCAUCUUACGGAAUGUAUGGGCAAGCAUGGAAUCAACAGGGAUUUGGUGUAGAUCAAACCCCAUCUGCAGCUUGGAUGAGUGGAUUUGGUGCUCAGCCUGCUCAGGGUCAAGCAGCUCCUGUAAUACCUAACCAGGCUGGAUAUGGUAUGGCAAGUUACCAAACACAGUGAAUUGGGACUCUCUUUAAAAAUAUGAUUUCAAGAUAGUCUUCAAUUUCCAGUGAUAUCCAGAAGACUGGAAUAUAGACAUUGGGGGGCUUAAAGAAUAUUUAUUUUGAAAAUUGAAAAUGUUUGGAACCUUUAGAACAGCCUUUACUUUUGGUGAAGGACGCAAAUGUCUUCUGGUUAUGCCUUUUUAAUUUUUUUGUUCAUGGUGGAUAUGGACAUGUUUUUUUCUUUAUGUACAAAAAUUAAAAUAAAGACAAUAAAGACAAUUCUGAUGAAAAAUUUUGGUAUUUAGGAAAAAAUACUUAACAAUCCGAUUCUUAUUACCAUUCCUUUUUUCUUUUUUCGCCUUCAGUGUUUUACAUCACAGCUUUUUAAGAAAACUGACAUUAAAGUUGCUUUUAGUUGAACUCUAAAAUGUGACGUUUUGGUUGUGGACCAAACAUUACAUCCUAGAAGACAGUAUCCUCAAUAACCACAAGGCCAUCAUUCAGAAGACACAGUCAUGGAAAGAGCUGUUAAAAAGUAAUAAUCCGCUAACUGUUUCUGUGUGAGGAGAAACUGAAACCUAGUAAAAAUGUUGCAGUCUAAUGAAAAAAUGUUGUCUGCAUUACUUCAGCAAACACUUGCUGUCCACAUUCAUGGAGCAUAUUAAAUCUUCUCAAAUCAAGUUUGCUUAAGAGUGAAACACUGCAUUUAAUUUUUCGCAGCAGUUCCCCAAGUAUGGUACUUUGGCAGUCAUACUUGUUCUUUUACAUAAAGUUUGUAUUUAAAUGCAAUGUUACAAUAGCAUGUUCAGACACAGAAGUAGCAUUGUAAUUAUUCAAAGUAAUACUGAAUAUACUCUACUGCUUUGUUUUGCAGUGGAUUGACAAGAAUGUGCUAGACUGACAUUUCCAAAGUUGGCUACUAAUUUCAAGUUCCUUGAAUUACUAUACAAAGAGCCUUAAUUUUAAUUUCAUAAAUCUUUAAUUCAGCAUUUUGUCAUUAGAAAUCUGAAUUGUUUUGCUUUAUGUUACUCAGUAUGUAAAUAUGUUGGUUGACAACUUUGUAUACCUACUUGAAGGUUCUCAUAAGUUGUAUAGUACCUGAGUGUUUAAAAAAAAUCUUGGGGUGUUUUUUAAGUCUAGAAAUAUGUAGCCCAAGAAUUUUUUAACCAGAUUGUUAAAAUAUCUUAUUUUAGAGAUUCCUCAGUGUGCCAUUUGCUAAACAAAAAUGCAGUUAAAACAAGUAUACUGAGUUGUGGCUUAUUUUUUAGUUAAAAUGUUUUUUGUAUUUGGGGUUGCUUGCAUGUGACAAACCUGUACAGAGGCUAGGUUGUUGAUGCACUAACUAUAAAUGAUAAAAAAUGAAGUUGUUCAGAUGGUAUAGUUGGGUUAUUUUUCAGUUAUUUUUAUGAAUACCUUGACAAAACUGCCUCAAUAAAUUUGAAAUUCAAAAUGAAUGUAAGUUA